AAAGUCAUGUGAUCAAGAUGCAAACAACAUCGCUGCGAUAUCGACGAGAUCGAGAGUGAAUGGCCUUCCUUGCACGACGUGGAUGGGCCUUGGCUUGGGGUGGAUAGGAAAUAGAUGCCUCUCAAUAUCAUCUCAUGAAUGCCCGAUUGUCUCAGAAAGCAGACUUUGUCUUUGAACAACUCGUCAAUGAUUAUUUGGUGUCAAUUCCAUGGCUAGCCGUAGACUGUAAUAUGUGAAGCUCAACUUCUUCUGACAUGUCUGAAGACCAGUGAAGACUGAAUAUUGCAUUGACAUUGUCAAUUAUUAGAAAAUAGGCGUUAACAGUUAACACGCUCUCUAAAUUCUAAUUUCUAAAUCUAACAGAUUGUGGAAGUGUGCACCAAGACCAAGGCAAACAAAGACAGGUCCAAGCUAGUCAAUGAUUGAGCACCGACUUUGACUUAAGUGAUAUUAAGUCUUACUGCGGCACGGCAGCGGCGACGUCUCCAGAGCUUUAAAAAAAAAUACUUUUUUUAGAAGUCUGACUCUGAGUCUGACUGAGCUGAGCAGUCAUCAUGAUGAGAACAUUCAAUAACAUCCACUGGCACUGGAUUUGUUUGUUCGUCAUCGCCACUUGCCAAAUUUCAUAUUCUGCAACUGAUGGUGCUACUGUUCAAGAUUCAUUCAGGCUAGCAGCAUACUAUUCGGACCAUAUGGUCUUGCAGAGAGGUCCUGAUCAUGCAGUGAUAUGGGGGUAUGCCGUCAAAGGUGCUCAGAUAACACUACUAUUCAAGGGUGUGAAAUACACCACAACAGCUACCACAGCUUCUUUUACCAGCGAAGGUGUGUGGAAAGUGACCCUUGACCCCCAACCUCCAAGUGGCCCUUUCACCAUCCAGAUAACGUCAGACAAUCAAGGAGUUCAAGAAGUUAUUGCACUGGAAGAUGUCCUCUUUGGAGAUGUUUGGGUUUGCAGUGGACAAAGUAACAUGGCGUUUGAUGUCAAGUCUGCAUUCAAUGGGACCGAGGCUCUUCUUGAGUCAUACCAGUAUUCUCUUAUUCGAGUUCUUUCAGUGUUCGAGGUGGAGUCAACUGUACCUUUGUAUGAUCUUCAAAGUGUUUAUAAACCAUGGUCUUUGCCCAAUCCAGUUUCUUUGGGAGGUCUGAAUACCAAGAGUGCAUUGUAUUUCUCUGCUGUCUGUUGGUUCUUUGGACGAGACCUUCAUGAUCACCUUAAGUAUCCUAUUGGUUUAAUUUCAACAAACUGGGGUGGUACCCCUGCAGAGGCGUGGUCACCUCCUGAGGUGCUAAGCAGCUGUAAUAUAUCAGCAUCAGAGAGACAGGAAGACAGUGUAAGGAUUGAUAAUCAAGUCAAGUUGAAUAAGUCUUCAUCCAGACCAGAAAAGACAUUCAAUGGUACUGAGUCUGUAGUCUCCCAACGUGUUGGUGGACCACAAGGUCAUAGUGUCCUUUGGAACGCAAUGAUUCAUCCUCUCCUUAAUAUGAGCAUUAAAGGUGCUAUCUGGUACCAAGGAGAAGAUAAUGCAGUUCAUGACCCAUCAACGUACAACUGUCUGUUCCCUCAUAUGAUUAACAGCUGGAGAAAGGAGUGGUAUACUAGUACUGGGGGAGUCAUGAAUCCACAAUUUCCUUUUGGUUUUGUCCAGCUCUGUAAUUCAGAAUAUCCUGGGAAUGCUAAUUUCACUGCUUUACGUUGGCACCAGACAGCAGACUACGGCUACGUUCCUAAUCCACUCAUGCCUGAUGUCUUCAUGGCAGUUGCCAUUGACUUACCUGAUCUCAAAUCACCCCAUGGACCUGUUCAUCCGCGUGACAAAGAGGAUGUGUCGGCUAGGCUACUGCUAGGUGCUAGAGCAGUUGCUUAUGGGGAGAAUUAUACAACAUUCCAAGGCCCUUUCCCAAGCAACAUCUCCUAUACUGCUCCAUCUUCCCUUUCCAUUCAGUUCAACGAUGGAAAAGCAAAGCUCAAGAUGAACAACAAGGCUGGGUUUGAUGUUUGCUGUGCGUCAUCCUUCGCCGACUGUCCUCUUCAGGGUAACUCUUCCUGGGUAACCACUAACAUCAUGAGCCUCUAUCAGAAUGCUACCGUUGUGAUCGAAGUCCCCUGUUCUGGUCUCCCGCUGGCCGUCAGGUACAUCUGGGCUGAUCUCCCCUGCGAGUUUAAAGACUGCCCUCUAUAUGAUGCUGUGAGCCAGCUGCCUGUUCCUCCGUUUUUCUUGCCUGUCAAGCAGCAAUCUGUGAAGAGGACACCAAAGAUUGUUUUCGAUUGAUGGGAUGUAAAGUAACACAAAGCUAGCAACGGAUCAUACGAUUGAUUUUUGAGUGAUUAGUUUGAUCACUAAGUUUUGUGUUACAGGGCCUAAAUGAAUAUUUCGAGUUUUUAUAGCACAUGAUCAAAACAAAGCAUUAGAAGUUUUGGUAUAAUAUUAAUCCUCAUUAUUUCACACCAUAUUGUUACACCAGCUAUUUUUUUGCUGUUAGUUUAGUAUCAUUGCCAUUUGGUUAAGUCAUCACUUGAAACUAAAUUACCACUUGCUUGUCAUUUUGUCUUCUGAUGAUUGAACAAAUGGUCUUAUUACCUCUUCAUAGGUUUAUCCACUUGGUCUAUUAUGAGUUUGUCUGAAAGGGGACUUUCACUUUGAUGAUAAGUUUGUUUUAAUAAAAUAAGAAAAAUCAGAGAAAAAAUAUUGGUGACUGUCUGAUGAAGAAUAACAAAGUUGUGAACUUUUAAAGUUUUAAUUUUGUAAUAUCUCAGACAUGCAGCAUUUUCAUAAUAUAUGGUGUGAUAUAAAUUUCCCAAAUUGUCAUUUAGAAAAAAAAAAUUGAAUAUAUUGUGAGAUGAAUGUAUCUUCAGACACCUCAUUUCAUACCAUGUUCUUCCAGAAAAAUAUUUGUAUUCAUCACGUUCCUUUAAAACUUUAAAUUUAUGUAAUGUAUACUACAUGAUAUAUGGAGGAGCUGCUUUUGCAUAUUUUGCAAAUUAAAAAUAUAGAAUAUUCUUAACUCUCUAAUUCUCUGAUGGAUUGUCAUAAAAACUUCACCUCUAUUUUUUCUGCUAUUAUUAAAACCAACUUAUCAGAGUAUACUUCCCCUUAACAGAUAGACUGACUAGUGUGGGACUAAAUAGGAAUUGAACAUUAAGGGCAAAGUUUGAUUUUAAAAACAAAUUAUAUUUUUGGGCUUGUUUGUGGUAAAUAUUACAAUAUCAAUUUUAACAGAAUCAAACCAAAUGUCCACCAAUUGUUUGUAAGUUCGAAUAUAAUAUGUCGAAUGAUUCUGAUAAAAAUUACUAAUUGUUCAGUAAUUUGCAAAAAUAAAUAAAUUCACAAUAUUUGCCGAAAAUCUGAUUAUAUUAUCCAUGCGAAAUGAAAUAUUUAACAAAUAAAAUGUGACAUCUCAAAUGCAAUGUGUCAUUGCACAAUAUAUUCUUUUUAUGAUCUGUGUGCGUACAUGUUUGUAUUGUUCUUCAAAUUAAAGCAAGA